UGUAAUCAAGAGAAGUUUACACUUUUUUAGCCACACAGCAGCGUUAUGUCUAGGGAUGGUGAUGCUGGUCGGUCUGUUGGUCCAGACUGAAAUAUUUCUAAUAGAUUGUCAUGAAAUUUGGUUCAACUAAUGAAAUGAGAUUAACAGUAGGCUAAUCUAUCAUGUUGGCAUGUUAAACGUAAAAAUAAAAAGAAUGGGAAAGCUGCACACAUUUAACUACACAUAAUAACUCAGCCCUCAGUUUUUAAUUAACAUGUUAAAUGUUGACAUAACAUUAAUAUAGGCCUACUAAAUGUUAUCGUAAGGAGAAAAUCUGCACACUCAUAACUUUUCUUUUUUUAAACUCAGAAUCAAUGUUUCAGAACAUAAUGCCGUCUUCUAAAUAUUAGAAAGUUACGGCGAGUUAAACAUUAGCAUGUUAACAUGCUAACAUACUAAGCAUUACAUACAAAAUAUUAGCAAUUUAAAAUGCUAAUGUUGGCAUGCUGACAUGGUAUUGUAAAUAUUAGAUAGCAACAACAUGUAAGCUAGUUGUUAAAACAUGAUGACAGUUAACACGCUAACAUGUCAGCAUUCAGCUCAGUGCACAGCUGAGCCUACGUACACUUCAAACUGGAAAGAAGUCUCGGAAAAUUUGACAACGCAGAAAUGUGGCGGUAACAUAACAUGGCCCAGAGCCGUAUACACCUGUUCUCUGGCGCCACCCUGAGGCCAAGCUUUACAUUGCUUGCAUCACCAGCGGUAAAUGAGUUGCAAAGUUGUCUCUCAAUUACAAUAAAAUGUAGUUGUCUGGUUUAUAACGAGCUACAUAACUUUCUCAUGGACCUGCUACCAUGGUUAAGGACUUUAUUGUUCUUUUGUUUUUUAUGUUUUUGGAGGCAGUGAUGUUAAAAACAAAUAAUGUCUUAACAAAAAGACAGUUUGGAAACUUGAUGCAACGCAAAGUGAAAACAGAGACAAGACUGAACAAUGAAUGCUAAUGAUUCGAUUGAGCUUUUAUGACUUUAUUUAUGUCUUUCAGUUACCUCUCAUUCUUGUAAGAUUUAAUUUUCUUCAGCACUUCACUUUAUUUACAGCCGAAUGGACCAAAUUUCUUACGGAAAAAAUGUGUUUACAAAGCAUCAGUUUUUUUGUAAACUCUGUAGACGACUCAGAAAAGAUUCAUGUUUCUGCAAUUCAACAUUCAAACUAAAAAUGGGAAUCAAUCCACAGCAUCCGUCUAUUUAACAAGACCAACUCAUCAGUGUUCACAGAAUGAAAUUCCUUUGGUGUAUUUGUCAAGCUAGUUGAGCUGAUCAUCACUGUACAUCAAAAGGUUUGAUUGUCCAAAAAGGUUUACACAUGCAUCUAUAGUAGUUUGACAGCAAUGGUUCCUAUUUGUUAUAAUUCAUUAUCGCUCAACUUCACUGUAUCACACAUGUAGCACAAACUGAAUUAUAUAUUGCAUAUUUGUAUUGUUGGAGUCAGAUGUUCAAUUUCAAAUGGUUUCAUUUAUGGAUAUUUCAUUUAGAUACAUGAAAAAUAAUAUUAAAUUUGGACGCAUUGCAAAGAAACAUAAAAAUAUAUCUAAUGUAUAAGAUACGUAUUGUUUGUACUUAUGUUCAUCUUUCUUGUGUAAUUCUUUUUGACAUGCUACUUUUAUGCUUUAGCCAAGACUUUGUCCACAUCACAGUUUUAACUGUAAACCUUAUAUCAGUUUUUCUGUUUUAUUUACUUUAUAUGCGGAUCAUUUAUAAAUGAUCCAAAUAUAUAGUAAAAGAGAGCAGAAACUCCUGACGUGACCAAAUGCCCAGGUGUAAAUUUUAACACAUUUCACUGUAGAGAAGAAUCUCAGUAGCGACUGUGUCAGAUUUAAGCUUAGCAGCACUGAUCUAAUUCUGUUGCUAUUGAAAAAGCUGUGUCCUAUCCUCCCUCGUCUGCUGGUAGCUCGGGUAACCUUAAAGGAAUGCAGAAGAUGAUGCCAGAAUUAUUUUGGGCUGAGAUUCAGAUGUUAAAAUAGCAAAAAAGGUUGCAGGGUAGAUUACCAAGGAGAACGCAGACAGUUGUGCUGUCGACCCACAUGUAGCUCUUUUACAGAGAGACCUUGAAAAGCAACGUUUCCAGCCAAGGUUGUAAAAGCAGAAGUGGAGCAUCCAGACAUGCCCAGAGGCCUCAGCUGCUUGGCGAGCCCUGAGGGGGCAGACGGCAGGUAUGAGACCCCCCCGGCUUCAGAGCUCCAGAGGCUAAUGUGGACAAAGAAAGGGACCAGCAACCAUCUGGAUAUGGUUCAGCCCAGGAUCUACAUUGGAGACAUGUAUGCAGCCAAAGACAAGAGGACACUCCAGGCUCACCACAUCACCCAUGUACUUAACGCUGCUGAUGGGAAGUUCAACGUGAACACGGGCCCCAGCUUCUACCGUGACACCCAAAUCACUUAUCAUGGAGUGGAAGCUUUUGACAUGCCAUCCUUUAACUUGAGUCCCUUCUUUUACCCAGCAGCCAAUUUUAUCAAGAACGCUUUGAGCUUGCCCACAGGUAAAGUGUUUGUCCAUUGUGCGAUGGGUCUCAGCCGCUCGUCCACCUUGGUUCUGGCCUACUUGAUGAUCUACGAGAACAUGACACUGGUGGACGCCAUCAAAGCUGUCAGCGCCAACAGGAACAUCUCACCUAACAAUGGUUUCCUGGAGCAGCUCAGAGAGCUGGACAUGAAGCUGCACUGCCAGGGAUCAUCCAGGAGCUGGAGUGCCAACGGGCAGACUUGAGAUAAAAUCCAUCCGUCGAUAAAUUUGGAUUAUACUGUUGAGUUUGUAGUAGAUAUUCCAGCGAAGAUAUGAAUGUUAAAAUAUGCUUUUAUUGCCUUUUCUUUGUAGACAAAUUUCAUUUUUUUUGUGAAGAAAUGAAAGUGACUUAAAUUACAUUAAAGGCUUUUUAUUGUAAUAAACUACGAUUUAAAGAUCAAAACCAACAGUGACUACAGUGGCCAGGUUGGCUCAGUUGGUAGAGCAGGCGCACACGUACACAGAGGU